AUGAUGAAGGCUGUUCUAGUGUUGUUGUUGGCGUCUACUUGCGUGAAUUGGAGUGCGGCUCAGGCUGAGGAUUAUUGGAGUAAAGAUCAGAUUGAUCCGACGCACCGUCAGACUCAACCUCAGGUUCAACCACAAGUUCAGGACGACACGACGCUUGCCCAUGGAUCUGUGUGGGAAGCGACGGAAGAUGAUUCCACUUGGGUGAAUUAUCCGUCUGCGGUGCGAGAUCGUCUGGAUGAGCAAUACGAUCGUCUGUCUGCCAAUCUCCCGUCGAUUAAGAUCUACCAAUUGUACCCCGAGCCCGUGAAUACGACCUUGCGCGUCUGGCCCGAGUUGAAAGGCGUCCUAAAGCGCAUGGAAGGUGUGUGGCCGCAACUCCAAGUAGCCUACUACCUCGAGACGGGCAUGGACUACGGGUGUCGACAACUCGAACAGGGAAUUGAAAAGCCGGUCUUGACGCAUCAUUGCCAACGCCAUUGUACCCAUGCCGGUCGCUAUUGUGCCGACAACACGGAUCAGUACCAUGGCAGCUAUGUGGUGCAAGAAGUCACACGACGCCUCUGUUUGGCGGAGCAUCUAAAGAAAUCCAAGCGGACUGGAGGCAACAAGUUUGUCCGCUAUUUGGAGGAAUUCGAAGCCAACCAGUGUGGUGAUGUUGCCAGUGGCGAGUUAGUGGCUCAAUGCAGCAAGAACAUCAUGACCACAGUACUGAGAAUUCCAGUCGAGGAGGAUGAAGAGUUGUUGGAUUGCAUGGAACCCGAUUGGACGUUAGACCAAUUUCAUGAUCCCCUCGAGCGAAAUCUAUAUCACUUUGAGCAACUCUGGCACAAACAAGAACAAUCAACGGAAACCAUGAUGCUCAUGCCCCGUGUCGAAAUCAAUGAUGUUUCCAUCAAAUCCAACCAUGUCGUGGAACGAGAAUGGACCACCAAAGACUUUCUCACUAGCUACUGCAAUGCCUUUCCUGCGUGUCUCAAUACCCACGAAAUUGGAACGCCACUGGCAUGUCCCAUUUGCGGAAAUUGUCAAGACGUACAAACCUGCAUGUGGACGCUCCAAUGCGAUGGAACACCUGCCUUGGACGACCAAAAAGUCAUGGAUAUCAACACGGGUGAUUUCGAUAAGCAAUUGUGUGACCCCAACCACGUUGUCAUUCCCACCGCACCGACGGAUGCUGCCUUGACUGAGCAGACGACACCAGCAGCCAACAAUACUGACUCCUCGAUGACCACAACCACGCCUACAGCUACUGAGAACACUCCAGUGGUAGAAUCGAGCACCAGCGCUCCAUCGGAGGUAACUGCUACAACAACUGUACUUACCGUUGAUCUCACUGCUGUACCCACCGAGAGCAAUCCAGUCGUCGACUCGACCAGCGCUCCCAAAGACGGAGAGGAACCUCCAGCAAUUACCGAACCCAACAGCAGCACCUCGAGCACCAGCGCUCCAGCGGAGGAAACCGCCCCUAUGGAAGAGAGCAAUCAAGUCGUCGAGUCGACCAGCGCUCCCAAAGACGAACCUCCAGCAAUGAUUGUUGCCGAACCCAACAACAGUAGCGCGUCCUCCGACACGAGCACAGAAAAGCGCAAUUUGAAGGCCGGAAUCAUUUUGGUCGUCGUAUCGGUGGUGGCACUCGCCGUCGCAUUUGUCUAUCGUCGUCAGCAAAAGAACAGCAGCCGCAACGAACGGCUCCGAGAAUGGAUUCAAAACAUUCAGACGGAGUAUUCCGAUCAACCCGAUGAUGAUGGCGAUGUCGAAGAGGUGUGGGGCAAGAGUGCGCGUACUUCUCGUCGAAACGACAGUAACAUUGCUCCCCGGCCUCACGAAGAUCCACUUCAAGAAGAACUCGAACAAGUCACCUUCGAAAACUUUUUGGGCGAGGACGAAACACCAGCCGUUGGUCCUCCUCCGGCCGCCUUUUCGGGUCGCAUUGAUAUCGAUGACGAUGGACACAUGUGGAUCUAG